AUGGUAGCGUUUGGCUUUGGGUCUUCUGCACUGGAGUGCAGCUCUAAGCCUGUGGUGCAGCAGCUAUUAAGACAGCAAGUGAGAUAUGCAUCUAGAAGAAAUUCAGCAUACCCUUCAUAUCCAUUUAAGACGUUGAGACCUGACCACAAGAGUAGACAUGACUCUAAUUUUAAAUAUGCCAUGCGUCAGUUUUUGGGCCCGAAGAAUUUCAAGGGGGAAUAUGCAUACAACAGGUAUUUUGCAGUGCCUGAUAACCACGAACCCAAAUAUAUUAGUCCGGAGAUCGAAAGAGGAGAGUCGUUGGUUGAUCCUUUAACUGGUAAGAAGGUGACGAUGAAUUCCGACGAGAGCAUUCAGGUUACGGGACAGGUGGUUCGUGAGAAUCAGGGAUUUCGUAGAUUUCAGCCGUUCCCACAGAAUAGGCAUUGUACGACCAACUAUAUCUUGGAUGAGGAGACGAGAAAGACAAUUUACCACAUGAUUCAAGUUGAAAAGAAGUCUGCGCAGGAUGUUUCGCGGACUUUUAAUCUCAAGAUUCCAAGAAUUGAGGCGGUCGUGAAGUUGAUCGAAAUUGAGCAGAAGAUGGAGAAAUAUAAACAGAAUCGUAUUUCCCCAGAACAGAAGAAAAUGGCUGAGACUAUGUACAAGAUGUUCCCCAUCUUUGAGGCGCGCAACCAAGAAAACUUGAGUGAAAUUCCUGUUCCCGCAAAGGCGCUUUCAUCACGUAUACUUACACUUGCAGAAUCAGAGCCCUUUGGCCCCAUUGAUGCCGCAAAUGUUCUGGAAUUGGAACCUGCAGCAGAAACGCUUAAUAAGUUGGCCCAAGAGGGCGAACACUCCACUGGGCACACGAGCGAACAAAAUAUCAGGAAACAAAAGGUUAUAUAUGGAGAAGUUCUGAAAGGCGAACGGUUUAAGUAUAAGUUCACUAAUAAAAGUGUUGGAAAAGUUGGGUUUCGUUAUGGUAGCUCCAACCGUGAUAACAAAAAGGAUCGUGGUAUUGGAUUUGACGAGCGGGGCAGAAUGGUUUAUCUAUGA